AUGCAAUAUCGCGAGACGCAGCAGUAUCGCGAGAUGUCGCUAUCCUGGACAGAUCACUACCUGCAGUGGAACACGUCGGAGUACCCGGGCGUGCAGACCGUGCGCUUCCCCGACGGCCAGAUCUGGAAGCCGGACAUCCUUCUCUACAACAGUGCCGACGAGCGAUUUGACGCCACCUUCCACACCAAUGUGCUAGUGAACUCCUCCGGGCACUGCCAGUACCUCCCUCCAGGCAUCUUCAAGAGCUCCUGCUACAUCGACGUGCGCUGGUUCCCCUUCGACGUGCAGCAGUGCAAACUCAAGUUUGGGUCCUGGUCCUACGGAGGGUGGUCCCUGGACCUCCAGAUGCAGGAGGCGGACAUCAGCGGCUACAUCCCGAACGGAGAGUGGGACCUCAUAGGCAUCCCGGGCAAGCGCAGCGAGCGGUUCUACGAGUGCUGCAAGGAGCCCUACCCCGACGUCACCUUCACGGUGACCAUCCGCCGGCGGACCCUCUACUACGGCCUCAACCUGCUCAUCCCCUGCGUGCUCAUCUCCGCCCUGGCCCUGCUGGUCUUCCUGCUGCCCGCAGACUCCGGGGAGAAAAUCUCCCUGGGGAUCACGGUGCUGCUCUCUCUCACCGUCUUCAUGCUGCUGGUGGCCGAGAUCAUGCCCGCGACGUCGGACUCGGUGCCCCUGAUAGCCCAGUACUUCGCCAGCACCAUGAUCAUCGUGGGCCUCUCCGUGGUCGUCACGGUGAUCGUGCUGCAGUACCACCACCACGACCCCGACGGCGGCCAGAUGCCCAAGUGGGUGCGUUCCUCCCGCCCUCCCCUGCGGCCCACGGGGCCCUCCCUCAAGGGGGCGACGGUCUGUGGCCGUGACGAAGGCACCGCCGAGCGCGGGGGCAUCAUGUGGCGUUGGCACAGCCGGAGACAAAACCGCGGCCUGACAGGGGGGCCACCAGCUCAGGGUGACACAUGCGGAGAGCACCCUUUCCCUUCGGAGACGCUUUUGCCAGGGAAGCUGAUGGCUCGGGCCACGGAACUGAACCCCGACUUGGCGGGAGGGAUCGCAUUGGCUUGA